AUGGUGAGAACCUGGGCAAAAAAAGGAGACCAGCAAAGGAAAUAUGACGUCGAUGAAAGGAUAUUCCUCUAUCUAUCUAUCUAUCUAUCUAUCUAUCUAUCUAUUUAUCUAUCUAUCUAUCUAUCUAUCUAUCUAUCUGAAUGUCCUAUUUUCUUUCCUACGCUAAAUGCCUAUUGUGGCAAUAUUUAUCUUCCCCUAUCUUUCUCUCUAUCUAUCUAUAUAUCUAUCAAUCCAUCACUCUGUCUCUCUAUCUCUCCAUCUAUCUAUCUACCUAUUUACUUUUCUUUCUUUUAUUCUUUCUUUCUUUCUUUAUCUAUCUAUCUAUCUAUCUAUCUAUCUAUCUAUCUAUCUAUCUAUCUAUUACAGUUUCUCUAUCUAUCUAUCUAUCUAUCUAUCUAUCUAUCUAUCUAUCUAUCUAUCUAUCUAUCAGUAGGUUGCCGUUUCUUUCAGUUGAGUUAUCGACCUUGCUGUGCCAUUAAUCAACAUAUACUUCGAUUCUUCUUACUUUCUCUCUAUCUCUUUCUUUUCUUUCACGUUUCCUUCCAUUUGACGGCACGGCUCUCUCUCUCUUUUUCUAUCGCCUACUUAUUAAUCGAUUCCCAUCUCACGCCAUCGUUUCUUAGUCCGCUUGCAUUUCUCCACUAUACUACAAACGCCACAUCGCCUUACACGCGUUCAUUAGCUGCUUUAAUCAACUUUCAAAUCUUUUCAUUCACUCUUCCCUUCAUCAAAUGCCGAUAUCCCACUCACAUACCCUCUGUUCAUUAUCUAUCUAUCUAUCUAUCUAUCUAUCUAUCUAUCUAUCUAUCUAUCUAUCUAUCUCAGUCCGUUUUCUAUCUAUCUAUCUAUCUAUCUAUCUAUCUAUCUAUCUAUCUUUCAGACCUUUCUUUUUUCUUUCUAUCUAUCUAUCUAUCUAUCUAUCUAUCUAUCUAUCUAUCUAUCAGACCUUUCUUUUUUCUAUCUAUCUAUCUAUCUAUCUAUCUAUCUAUCUAUCUAUCUAUCUAUCUGACCUUUCUUUUUUUCUAUCUAUCUAUCUAUCUAUCUAUCUAUCUAUCUAUCUAUCUAUCUAUCUAUCUUUUUUCUUUCUAUCUAUCUAUCUAUCUAUCUAUCUAUCUAUCUAUCUAUCUAUCUGACCUUUCUUUUUUCUAUCUAUCUAUCUAUCUAUCUAUAUAUCUAUCUAUCUAUCUAUCUAUCUAUCUAUCUAUCUGA